CCCGCAGUGACGUCACCACUGUGUGUGUGUGUACCGCUGACGUCACGGCGCAACCAUGAUGGACGGCGUGGACGAUGACCCGGAGUUGGUGGCGGAAGCUCCAGCAGGCCAAGCAGAGGACGAGGACUCCUCAGAUUCCCCGCUGCAGGUGGAGAUCUCCGAUGCGCUGAGCGAAAAAGAUAAAGUGAAGUUCACGGUGCAAACCACGACGUCUCUGCCGACGUUCAAGAAGGGGAAGCUGUCGGUGUCGCGGCAGCACGAGGAGUUCAUCUGGCUGCACGACUCGUACGUGGAGAACGAGGACUAUGGAGGCAUCGUCAUCCCGCCGGCGCCUCCGCGGCCCGACUUCGACUCGUCUCGCGAGAAGCUGCAGCGUCUGGGCGAGGGCGAGGCCACCAUGACCAAGGAGGAGUUCUCCAAGAUGAAGCAGGAGCUGGAGGCAGAAUACUUGGCGAUCUUUAAGAAGACGGUGGCCAUGCACGAGGUGUUCCUUUGCCGACUUGCUGCGCACCCCAUCCUGAGCCAAGACCGCAACUUCCACAUUUUCCUGGAGUAUGACCAAGAGCUCAGUGUGCGUGGCAAAAACACCAAAGAGAUCUUGGGAGGGUUCUUGAAGAGCAUGAUGAAGUCAGCUGAUGAAGUCCUGGUUUCAGGAGCAAAGGACUCGGAUGAGUUCUUUGAGCACGAGAAGAUUUUUCUGCUGGAGUAUCACAUGCGCGUGAAGGAGAGUGCACUCAAGGCCGACAAGAUGACACGGGCGCACAAAAAUGUUUCUGAAGAUUACAUUGGCAUCUCCACGUGGCUCUACAACAUUGGGGAGCAGGAGUAUUCCAAGCUAAGCAGAUUUUUACAGCUGUCGUCAGACAUGUUUGAGAAGUACCGCAAGCAGCAGGGCAGGGUGGCGUCAGACCAAGACCUCAAGCUCACCGAUCUCCUGCGAUACUACGUCCGGGAAACCCAAGCAGCCAAGGACCUGCUGUACCGGCGCGCGCGCUCGCUCGUGGACGCUGAGAAUACCGGCAGGGCCCUGGACAAGGCGCGUGCCAAGGGCAAGGACGUGCAGCAGGCGGAGAUGCAGCAGAAGCUCGCCAUGCACAAGUUCGACAGCCUCUCCACGUCGGCGCGACAGGAACUGAUGGACUUCAAGAUGAGGCGAGUGGCAGCGUUCCGCAAAAACCUCGUGGAGAUGGCCGAGCUGGAGCUGAAGCACGCCAAGGCCAGUUUGCAGAUGCUGAACAACAGUCUGACAGCGCUUCAGAACUGUUAGGGGACCAAUGGAUGGAUGUACGCUCGAAGCCACCAAGUAGUAACGAAUAUUUGUUUGUAUCUUCCGCAAGCGUUGUGUGUCACAACAUGAGGGCACGUUGUACGUUUAUAAAUCCUGACGAGCAUCACUGAAAAGAGUGUUAAAAAAAAGUUUUGUUUACUGUAUUUUCCCAAUGUAAAUGCAAUAAAAUACAGAAAAAUUCUUCCAUUUCUGGGUCAUGCCAACUGAUUUUCGUAUAGGGUCUCAUUGUAAUUGAUGGAACAAUGUGAUAUUUUUGCCAGUUGUGUUAAAUUGAUAUGUAAUUAACUUUAAAGAUUGGCACACCUCGGUCAUAUUUAUCGAUUUUGAAGUCGUAUUAUGAUAGCAUUCAUAUAUUAGAAUUGUGUACGGUGGAAAUGCAAGAGAGUAAAAAUUAUAAGCGCACAGGAGUUCAACAAAUGUCCUAAUCUGCGUCCCCCUUUUUCUGUGGCUUAAAUUAAACCACGCAACCAACAGCGCAGGCAACCAAUUUUACUUGUUCAGGCACUGAAUUCCUUUCAGUUCCUGAGGAAGCUUCCAGCCCAUGGAUGGACACAUAUGACAUGGCAAACAACACGCAAUGCAACCCAAAACACAUACCAGAGAGCUGUACAGUACAACCAUGAAAGCAUACACAGCACACACGCCACUAUAAUUUGCAGUGUCUGUGCCAUGUCCCUUCUCAAAGACAUCAGCGAUUGUGUCCUUCCAAUCAACUCAGCCCAUGAUAUUUACUCAAGAACGCAGCGGCCAGUUAAAAUUGCUUAUGUACUUGAUUUGCUGCCAUCUGUACAUAUGUGGUUAUUGGUUUCCUUGAAAGGGUGGAUAGAAAUGAUUAAGUUGAUCUUGUAUGCACCUUCUUACUGGAAGUCAAAAAGAUGCAACGCUAUGUACAAGGAUUACCUGGAAUGGUUUAUGCAAAUGUAUUUUUU